UCUUCAUUUUUGGGGGGAGAGGCUUUCAACAAUCAUUAAUUGGUGGUGAGCUGAACAAGGCUCUUCAUUCUGCUUUAUGGUGGAAUAUUUCACUCAGCAAAAUGUACAUCAGAUAUCUUGGAUUUCUUCUUCUAAUUUGGUUUCCUGACUUGCUACAUGCACAAAGUGCAAAACAGUCUUGUCGUACUCCCCGACUGGAUAAUGGUUAUUUUGAGACUGUAGAGAUUUAUCCGGAUGGACAGAGCCUCAUUUAUGCCUGCGAUAAAGGACAUAAGCCAGCCGUGGAAGGUUGGUGGGCAACAAGCAUAUGUGAAAAUGGCAACUGGUCUCAUACACCACAAUGUAUAGACGAAAAAGCCUGCAUUCCACCAAACAUACCCCAUGCAGAACACAAUCAGGAACAAGAUUGGUAUAAGGAGGGACACGUAUUUAGAGUAUCAUGUCAAAAGGGAUAUGAGCAUAAAGACAGGAAUGCAACAACUACAUGUUCAAAUGGAGCAUGGACCCUUCAGCUGGUCUGUGAGAAAACUUCCUCAGCAUGUGGUGAGCCUCCUAAAAUCCCCCAUGCAGUGAUCAUUAAUCAGGAAUACCAGGAUUUGUUUGCUGCUGAUUCAGUACUACAGUAUGAAUGUGAAGAAGGAUUUACUGUAGAAGGAGUAGACACCAAGAAAACCAUCAUUUGCAUCAGUGGAAACUGGAGUACAGUCUCACCGUGCCGCAGUACAGGAAGUGGAUCCACAGUGGGGGUAACAAAUGGUGGACACACUACAUCUACAAAACCUACAGGUCGAGGCAAGGAAACCAGACCAAGUACUGGACCUGAUGAAUCCACAGUGGGGGGAAGAGGCAGUACAGGAAGUGGAUCCACAGUGGGGGUAACAAAUGGUGGACACACUACAUCUACACAACCUACAGGUCGAGGAUCUUCUACCACUUCUGGCUCAAAUGACAGAAACAGUCAACCUUUAUUAAUAUCAAUUGGGAACUGUGGAGAUCGUCCAGUCAUUCCAAACGGUGAUGUUGUGGAAACAGGUGACAAGUAUUUGAAAUACAAAUGUGUGGCUUAUCACGAACUAGUUGGAUCAGAAACAGUGGUGUGUUACAGUGAUGGCACUUGGUCACAAACACCCGUCUGCAAAGAAUCAUUCUGUGUCAUCAAUCCUGCUCAAUUUGCUGGAUAUAAUAUUCAAUUUUAUGGAAGUGAAUAUAUGGAGGAAGGAGAGAGGAAGUACUAUAACUGUGGUUGGCAAUAUUUCAGCAGCUUGUUUGAGUGCACUAAUCAACGACUUAGUGUUACUCGGUGUUGUCAUUAUAGUGACCACCGUCGAGGACAGUGCAAAACAUUACCACUGGCCUCUGGUUAACUCUCCAUCAAGUGAAAACAAAAGUCAAGUUGGAAACUAUUGAACAACUUCCACCAGAAAACAACUACACUCAAAAAAUGUUUUGAUUUAAUUUGAUUUGAUUGAUUCAAAGAUGCAAUUGUUUUGUCUGUUGUUGUUGUUUGUAGUACAUACACACACUGUUUAGAUAGCAGAUUAUUCUGUGACUAUCAGCACAAUCUUAUGACAGGAACUGUAAUGCACUAAUAUCAUGAUCAAUAAACAAAUCAAUAAAGUGUGAA